GAAUAUAUUGUGCUUUCAAGAAUGUGAAUGGGCAAAUUUUUGCGUGAUAUUUGAAAUUUCCUCCUCUAAUGUGAUGUCAAACCCAGACCAAUGUAUAUUUAUCAGUAAUCUGUUAUGAUGGGGCAGUGUUUUGGAACAGAAGACGGAAGCUUUUUGCCUUUUCGGCAAAAGCGGGGCUAUGAUCGCUUCACAACAUUCGCUCCGAAGAGCAAAUGGAGAUACGCCGAUGAGCAUUUAUUGACAGAAAUACAGGAUCCACGUUCUGAUGAUGAACUUGAUUUAUCAGAUGUAAGGCGUCAAACAGGUCAUGAACCAAAUGGGCGACAAAACCCUCAAACCUCAGCAAAUGUUAGGACAGGACUUAGACAAGAGAGGCCAGAAAGAUGGCAAGUGCAAGUUCAUUGAAUGAUCCACCUCUUUUGGAAUAUAAUCUGCAUCAUGCUGGCAAAUAUUAGAAUUAAAUAUUAUAUUAUUAUUUGUAAACCAUUGAUGCAAUUGCACUUGGAGCAUUAAUAUCAAACAGGCAUUUAUGUGUGUGACUAUUUUGAUAGCCAUUGUUAAUGGUAGUGCCAUUGGUGUGCAAUGAAGGAAAAUAUUUGUGAUCAGCAAAGCUGUAUGUGCACUGCAUGCCAACCAACUGCCAACUGCAUAG